UUUGUUUGGGAAGGGAAAGAGCAGAAUAGGAGAGGAAACCCCGGACCUUGCCUUUGUCGCUGUCGGCUAACAUUGUGCCUUCUUCAAGAAGCAAAUUAAAAAUCGUCUUUUUACUGGGCGGCGCUGCGGCGCUUGCUAUUAGUAGCGCGCCUACUUCUCAGUUUUCCUCGUGCUGUGAUAUGGCGGAGGACUUGGAGGUCGGAGAGUUCUGGCUUCCUCUGGAGCUACUCGAAGAUAGCUUCGCUGUCGAGAAAGAGGAGUCACAGCCGGGCGAGGAACCGGUCGAUGUGACGAUGGGGAUGAAGAGAGAUGGGGAGGAGAAAGAUUACAUGGAUGGCCUCACGCGGCGAAUGACUCAAUCCUUCCUCCAGGACGAUAAGGAGGAGGAGGAGGCAAAGAGGACAGCGGCGUGGUCGUCUCCUUGGGAGCAGUGGAAGGGGGACGAGUGGGCUCUGUUCCAAGAGACGGGAGGAUGGGUGGCAGCGUCUGCGAAGCUUAAUUGGGAGCCAAGGAGGCAAUGUCCGGCGAAGAACUCCGGCCCUGGCGGUUGCUUCGCGUCACCCCUUAACGCUCACUACUAUUGGGAUGCCGCUCGAAUAUUCCAACUGAGGCAGCAGCAGUUUGCUGCGGCAUGGGAGCGGCAGACGAUGACAAGCAGAGGCAGAGCAGGCGGCCGUGGUGCGCCGCCUCGCCAACUUCAGCAUCGACACAUGCCAGGAGCAGGGAUGAGAGCCGUCUUCCUUCGCAGAUCCGGCGAGCGGAAAGAGCCUGUCGGCACCGGCGUCUUUCUCCCCCGGACCGCGACGCGCAACACCGAACGGAAAAAUAACUCAGCGGCUUGUCCGACAGUGCGAAUUCCGGCCAAGGUGGCGCAGGCUUUAAACUUGAACAUUGAGAACUUCCCCAGUGGAUUUGUUCUACAACAUGAUGCUUUCGUAGAGGGAAGAAAUGAGACUUCUGCGACGGCGGUUCCUAUAAGCUCUGGGCUUCCUCAAGAAUGGACUUACUGACCCACUCCACCAGCUUCGCUGAGAGAAUUGUGUUGGUUGGAAGCCAUGAUCAGAAAGUGCAUGGUUUUGCUUGUAACGGAAGAAUGCAUUGAUGAUAAGAAAUGAAAAUAACAAUAAAUAAUAUACUUUUUCUCUUCUAGUGUGAUGAAAUCAGGAAGGGAUUUGUUUAUGAUUGCAGUAAGAUCCUCGCAAAGCAAAAGGCUUCAUGUGACGACAUUUGUAACUCGUGAUCAUUGGAUGUGUUCUUGUUGUCUUUUAAAGUUUUGUAACCUCUCUAAUC